AGGAAACAGCCUCGCGCUGAAGGACCCACAUCCUUUAUGGGAUUUGUUUGACCCGCGUGAGUGAGUGUAUGUGUGCGCGCGCGGACUUUGUUGCCUAGCAGCGUGGGAGCUCUGUGAUUGGCUGGCAGUGCAGAGCGUUCAGAAGGCGCACAUGUGUUCCUCAGUUCUCCAGAAGCAGCGAGAGUUCAGCCGCAGCAGCAGCGCGAGCUCCUGCUCCUCUCCUCCAGCAUGACCUGGACCUGUUCACUCCACCUCAUCACCCCGCCGGCGGGAGGAACGCUCUUCUGCACUGGAACUGGAAAGAAACAUCCAGCUGGAGCAUGACCCCUGACCUCCACACGCUUCUAACAGACCACCGACGUUUCAUGAAGCUCUACCCCAUAUAGAGCACUAUGAUCAGUAAUGCAUCAAGUGCAGCGGAGUUCUGUGGGGACAGCGCCUCAGUCUUGUCCCUGGAUUCCAGCGUGUUCUUCAGCGAACCACCUCCACCUUCCGACAAUCCGCUGGACUUCUUCAUCAUUAAUGUGGGAGGGAGCCGCUAUAUCCUCUCCCAGGAGCUUCUGGCCUCCCACCCAGAGACACGACUGGGAAAGCUGGCCCUGUCCACGCGAGACUCGGCUUUAGACCUGUGCGACGACGCAGACUUCCUGGAGAACGAGUUCUUCUUUGACCGCAACUCGCAGACGUUUCAGUAUGUCAUGAACUUCUACAAGACGGGCCACCUGCACGUCAGGGAGGAGCUCUGUGUGGUCUCCUUCCUGCAGGAAAUCGAGUACUGGGGCAUAGACGAGCUCCGCAUAGACAACUGCUGCAGGGACAAGUACUACCGGCGGAAGGAGAUGAAGGAAUCUCUCGACGUCCAUAAGGAAGCAGAAGCGGCGGACAGCGAUGAGGAGGACUUUGCCGGGGUUUUGUGUCAGGACUUGCGGCAGCGACUCUGGGACCUCAUGGAGAAGCCGGACUCCUCAAAGGCAGCAAAGACGUUUGGGACGUUAUCCAUCUUUUUCGUGGUGGUGUCCAUCGUGAACAUGGCCCUGAUCUCCCUGGACUUCACCAUCCUCGGUGCAUCCGUCCUGGACAUCCUCGAGUACAUCUGCAUCGUGUGGUUCACGGGCGAGCUGGUGCUCAGGUUCUUGUGUGUGAAGGACAAGUGUAAGUUCAGCAGGAGUGUGGUGAACAUCAUCGACCUGCUGGCCAUCCUGCCCUUCUACGUCACGCUGGCAGUGGAGUGUCUGCAUGGGGGAUCCACAGAGCUGGAGAACGUGGGGCGGGUGGUGCAGGUGCUGCGACUGAUGAGGUCCCUCAGAAUGCUGAAGCUCGGACGACAUUCCACAGGUCUGAAGUCUCUGGGCAUGACCAUCGCUCAGUGCUAUGAAGAAGUGGGCCUCCUGAUGCUCUUCCUCUCGGUGGGCAUCUCCAUAUUCGCCACCGUGGAGUACGCCAUCGAGCACGACAUCCCCGAGACCACCUUCACCAACGUACCUUGCGCGUGGUGGUGGGCCACCACCUCCAUGACCACCGUGGGCUACGGGGACAUUCGUCCUGACACGGCUGUGGGCAAAGUCAUGGCCUUCAUCUGCAUUCUCUCGGGCAUCCUCAUCCUGGCCCUCCCCAUCGCCAUCAUCAACGACCGUUUCUCGGCCUGCUACUUCACUCUGAAGAUGAAGGAGGCGGCGCUGCGGCACGGCGAGGCCCUGAAGCGCCUGACGCGCAGCUCAGCCUCCGAUGUGACGGCGGUGGGGGUCAACCUGCGGGACGCCUACGCCAGGAGCGUGCUGGAAAUGCUGCGGCUGCAGGGCCGAGAAAGGGCCAGCACACGCAGCAGCGCAGGCGACGACAUGUGGUGGUAGUGUGGGACACACCUCGGAAGAUUGAAGAGUGGAGUUGGGUGAACAGCUGAUUGACGCACCGCAAAAACGCACAUUUUUGUAUGUAUUUUAGUUUGUUAUAUUGGAACUGCCACCAAUUGGCUAUUGACUUGAAAAGCCGUAUCAAACACAGUUCAAAAUUUUUGAUCUAGCCUUGUUGGUUCACAUUUGUGUUCAGAAGACCCAUGUGACCCAUAUUUAUCACUAGUGUGAACACACAUCUGCUCUGAAAGCAUAAACAAAGUGUUCACAAAAAAAUACACAAAUAAAAGUUUGGUUUUAUUGCCAUUUAUUGGUUAUACACUUUAUCUACAAAGAAAUAGUUGCACCCAGACGGAAGUGCAGUCGGAUUGCAGUGCUUUACUGGGAACGCAGAAUAGGAACUAGUAUCUUGUGUCUUGUCCCAUGACUUUUGCCAUUUCCAUUUGAAUGUAGAGUACCAGUGAAAAGAAACACCUUCGCAUACAACGUUUUCCUUUAUUUCUGACAUUUUAGCUUGAUAUAGUCAAAUGAUUUAAUAUUGGUACUAAUUAUUUAGCUAUACAUACAGAAGUAAUGUGUAAUGUACUGUAUGUGUAACUCAUGUUGUAGAGGUUCCUAAUGGUGUUCUGUGAUAACCCAUCCCAUACAGCUUGAAUAUUCACAUAUGAUCGAGAUUUUGGAGUAUUAAUCGGGCACCCUGGCACCUAGCCUUCUGGAUGUAUCAUGGCUGACACCAAACCCUCCAAGUUUCAUUCCUAUUGGUUGAUUGCUUUUAGGUGCAACUAUUUCUUGACAAUGAGUCUAUACAGUGAGAAAAAUAAGUAUUUGAACACCCUGCGACUUUUGCAAGUUCUCCCACUUAGAAAUCACGGAGGAGUCUAUAAUUUUCACCGUAGGUGCAUGUGCACUGUGAGAGACAUAAUCUAAAAAAAAAAAACGUGUGUUACUGCUGCAAAUAAGUAUUUGAACUCCUGUGAGAAUUAAUGUUAAUAUUUGGCACAGUAGCCUUUGUUGGCAAUUACAGAGGUCAAACGUUUCCUGUAGUUUUUCACCAGGUUUGCAAACACUACAGCAGGGAUUUUGGCCCAUUCCUCCAUAAAGAUCUUCUCCAGAUCAGCCCGGUUUCUGGGCUGUCACUAAGAAACACAUAGCGCUUUUCCACCAAAAGAACUCUGGUUCUUGAACCAGUUCCGUUCGGACUUAUAAGGAUUGCGGUGCUUUUCAGCGAACUGGUCCGCGUUUCCACCAGUUUUAGUGGAACCGUCAAAACGUCACAUCAGUAAACGUACCGACACUAUUGGCUGAUGUGGACGGAGUCAGAGAGCCAGGGUUGCACUGGUCCGCUGCUGGUUAGCUGACCUACUGCCCAGCACGCUGUCCAACACAUCAUAAAAUGCUGGUACACUCCCCGUCCAGCUCCACUCCAUUUUUAAACUUUUUCAGUCUGUUUAUCUCUUGUUCUUUAGUGCGAACAUACCCUGCCCGAGAUAAAUCCUCCUCUAGUUCACCAUAGACUUUCUCCUUCCUAGUUCUCCCUUCAAGUUUAUCCUGAAACUCCGGAGAACACCAAAUCCAGAGUAAAUACUGUGUUUCCUCAGCAGACAACUGUGCAUUCUCAAACACGGCCACAGAUGAGUGACCUGGUAUUCUUUGGUUUUCCUGCUGUGAACAAAUGGUGCUGGUUCCACGUCUGUGGAAAAGCAGAGGAAAAAAAAAUCAGGAAACAGAGUUUGAGCUCCCGCUCUAUAGGAUUUAGGUCUGGAGACUGGCUCAGCCACUCCAGAACCUUGAUAUGUUUUUUACGAACCUUGGUUAUCCUGGCUGUGUGCUUUGGGUCAUUGUCAUGUUGGAAGACCCAGCCAUGAUCCAUCUUCAACACUCUAACUGAGGAAAGGAGGUUGUUCCCCCAAAUUAAUUAUAAAAAAAUCAUACAUUGUGAUUUUCAUUUUUUUUUUUUUUUGAUUAUGUCUCUCAAAGUGGACAUGCUCAUGAAAAUUUCAGACCCCUCCAUGAUUUCUAAGUGAGAGAACUUGUUAAAAUACUUAUUUUCCUCACUGUAUAUCUAAAAGCACAUAAAGUAGUAUGCAAACAUCUGUGCACCCCUCUUUAAAUGAUUUUUGUCAAGAUGCGUAAAUAAACAGGUCAGUUAUGGCAUUUCUGAACAUUUUAGAGACACAUUUCUUAUGUAUAUUUGCUGAAUAAAAUGAAUAAGCCAUUGGUCUUCCCCCAUUUUGUAUUUCCACAUUGUUUCCAAUAUGCUAAAUUAUGCAAAUAAACUGUAAUUGUGCUUUAAAA